AUGGUUAUUAUAGGAAAAGUGACUAUAAAUGAACUUAAUAAUGUUGUAAAACAUUUUUAUGGAUAUUUUCUUCUUGUUGAUACGGUGAAGUUUAAUGGCGUAGAGACGGUGUCUCUUUAUGGUAGAUUUUUGACAGACCAUUUUGAAGUGAAAACACUUAAAAUUAAAAUUGGUGAGUUUUGGAGGAGAAGUACUGCUAAGAAUUUGACCAAAUGGAUAACUAUUGUACUCAAAGACCACAAUAUCCCACUCGACUUGUUUAGAGGGUUUUGUUGCGAUGGACUUGAUAUGGGUAUAUCAAUGGGAAUUUGUAUUGUGGGUAUCAUGUACCGUAUGCUCACUGAUGACUUACGUCCAUUAUUUAAGAUCAAUCACUGUUUAUUACACAGAUUGUCUAUUGCAAACAAAAGAACUUUUGACUUUGGAGAUCUUAAAAUGAUAAAAGCUAAGAAUUAA